CUGAACAUGCGCGCUAGUUAGCCGGGCGGCGGGUAAAGCUGGCGGCAGCGACUACGACGACUAUGACGGAAGGAUAUAGUAUCUCCCUAUAAGAUGAGUAACUGCUCUUCCCGAAGACUGGAAGACAGAGUUCGGCGAACUCUGAACAAAGUCUUUGGAUUUGACUUUUUCAAGACCUCACUGCAGGAAAGUGCAACCAUGACUGUGGUGAAAGGGGAGAAGGAUGUCUUUGUAUGCAUGCCCACUGGGGCAGGUAAAUCCCUGUGUUACCAGCUUCCUGCAAUCCUGGCAACAGGCAUCACCAUUGUCAUUUCACCUUUAAUUGCACUGAUUCAGGACCAAGUGGAUCACUUGCUCUCACUCAGAGUCAAAGUAAGCUCUCUAAACUCCAAGAUUUCUGCUCAGGAGAGAAAGUCCAUCUUAUCUGACUUAACGGGUGACAAACCCCAGAUAAAGCUCCUGUACAUCACACCAGAAAUGGCAGCUUCCUCUUCCUUUCAGCCCACCUUGGAGGUUCUAGUGUCUCGAAAUCUUCUCUCCUACCUGAUAGUUGAUGAGGCUCACUGUGUUUCCCAGUGGGGGCAUGACUUCCGACCCGACUACAUGCGGCUUGGCUCUUUGCGUUAUCGCAUACCAAACACACCAUGCAUAGCCCUAACUGCUACAGCUACUAAGCGGGUGCAGGAUGAUAUUAUAGCAUCACUUAAGCUAAAGCAGCCUGUUGCCAUUUUCAAGACACCUUGCUUCAGAUCCAACCUAUUCUACGAUGUGCAGUAUAAAGAGCUUUUAACAGAUCCUUAUGAAAACCUGAAGGAUUUUUGUUUGAAGUCUCUUGGACAGCAAAAUGGUGCAGGGGGCUACUCUGGUUGUGGAAUUGUCUAUUGCAGAAUGAGAGACGUCUGUGAGCAGGUGGCUAUUGAGCUAAGCUACAGAGGAGUGAAAGCCAAAGCAUAUCAUGCAGGACUGAAAGCAGGAGAGAGAACAUCAGUUCAGAAUGGAUGGAUGGAGGAGAAAGUUCCAGUUAUUGUUGCUACUAUCAGUUUUGGAAUGGGAGUUGACAAAGCUAAUGUCAGAUUUGUUGCACAUUGGAAUAUCCCAAAGUCUAUGGCUGGGUACUACCAAGAAUCAGGAAGGGCCGGGAGAGAUGGGAAGCUAUCCUAUUGUCGCCUCUAUUAUUCUCGGACUGACAGGGAUCAAGUCAGCUUCCUGAUCAAGAAGGAAAUUGCUAAGCUCCAGGAAAAACGAGGUACCUUGAAAGACUCUGAUAAAGCUAUGGUCACUGACUUUGAUGCUGUGGUGGCCUUCUGUGAAGAGCUGGGGUAG